AUGGCUCAAGGCAGAAGUUUGCAAAGCUUUGCCAAGAUUGACUUGACCGUCAAGUGGGAAUGGAAUUAUCAGGUAGGUUUAAGUUCUAUUGAAAAAAAAGUAUCUAUUGUGGAAUUGGAAGAAAUUAAUGCUGAAUUACGGGUAAGAAUUGAUAAUAAUUGGCAUGAAACAUUAAAUGAAAUGAAAUUCCAAGAUACUUCGAAUGAUAAAUUGAUUAUCUCAAAAGGUUCAUGGAGAGAAUUUUAA